AUGAUCACGGACGUGCAGCUCGCCAUCUUUGCCAACAUGCUGGGCGUGUCGCUCUUCCUGCUUGUCGUUCUCUAUCACUACGUGGCCAUGCCCAAGUUGAUAGUACGGGUACAAGAAGGUACUGACGCCCGAAGGAAUAAAGGGUUCCAGGACAUAGUCUGA